AUGCCCUUCGUCAAGAAAAUCAAGUCCGACGCCUACUUCUCUCGGUUCCAAGUCAAAUACAGACGGCGACGGGAGGGCAAGACCGACUACUAUGCCCGCAAACGACUUGUAACUCAAGCCAAGAACAAGUAUAACGCGCCAAAAUAUCGACUUGUCGUCCGCUUCACCAACAAGGACAUCAUCGUACAAGUCGUCUACGCCCGCCUCCAGGGUGACUUUGUCCUCUGCGCCGCUCACUCGAAGGAGCUGCCAAGAUAUGGCAUCAACCAUGGUUUGACCAACUGGACAGCCGCAUACGCUACUGGUCUUCUCUGCGCCCGUCGUGCGCUCACUAAAAUCGGACUGGCUGACAAAUACGAGGGUGUUGCUGAGCCAGAUGGUUCCCUCGUCCUCACUGAAGCCCUCGACGAAGAAGAUGCUCCCCGGCCGUUCAAGUGCUACCUCGAUGUUGGCUUGAAGCGUACAUCAACUGGUUCGCGCGUCUUUGGUGCCAUGAAGGGUGCCAGCGAUGGUGGUAUUUUCAUCCCCCACUCCGACAAGCGAUUCCCAGGCUACGAUCCGGAAUCCAAGGAGCUUGAUGCUGAGGUUCUCAAAAAGUACAUCUAUGGUGGUCACGUCGCUGAGUACAUGGAGAGCUUGGAGGAGGAAGAUGACGAGCGAUUCAAAAAGCAAUUCUCGACAUACCUCGCCGACGGUGUUGGAUCAGAAGACAUUGAGGAGAUCUACACCAGUGCCUACGCCGCUAUCCGUGAGGAUCCCACUUUCAAGCCCACUGAGAAGACGCAAGACUGGAAAGCCGAGACGCUCAAAUUCAAGGUCCCCAAACUCACCCUCGAGCAAAGACAAGCACGCAUUGCCGAGAAGAUCGAGAAGUUCAAGGCCACUGGAGGUGCCGUGGACGAGGACGAGGAGGAAGACGACGAGUAG